UCUGUUAAGAUUGUAAUAUGUAAAAUAUAUAUCUAUAUACACAUGUAUAUGAUCUAAUGCAGUUAAAUGCCUACCUAUAGGCUUACAUAGAUUAAAUUAUUAGAUGGUAAUGGAAGCCAUUCAAAGUGCUGUGGGACAUCCUUUUCCCACACAAACCAUUUAAUCACAGAUGAACACUGGGCUCUGUGCCAUCAUAUAUAACCUCAGUAUGGAAGUGGAGACAGCAAGACUAACAUGAAAAAGGAAAAAAGAUAGUGUCCUUAAAAACACAUACAACAAUCAACAGAUGUAAAUAAAGCAAAUAAUCCAUAAUAACAGGAAAAUAGGGUUAGUAUGGGAGUCACAAAGUUUGUGCUCAUAAUGGAUGCUAAUUGAAGUGAUAAAAGGAUGAACCAAACAUAACGCUCUAUAAUUGCUUUUGCAAGUCCCUCUUGGUUGGUGCUUAAAUGAAAGAUUAGCAAAGCUGGUCGACACUGAGUGUAUGUGUGAGAACAUCAGAUCAUACUCACACGCCCCUCACUCCCAUUGCCAGAAGUAUCUGCCUUGUAUUGUCUUACCUUUCCAGUUGUGGUUGAAUUUUUUUCUCAUUUUUUUGCAAACAUCACCACUACUAUGUCGUCUCUUCUCCGAGAGGAAAUGCAACGGGUUUUGUUCAGACCUGCAAAACAAAGACUGGCUGAGUUUAUUGAAAUUGAGGAGCCGUCACCAGGCAGGCAUUUUCUCUGUGUGUCAGUUGCAAAAAGACAGGUACAGUUAUCGAUUGUGCGAUGCCAGAUAUCACAGACCACUUUAAAAACUGGAUCCAAAAGGUCCCAAACCAAACGCUCCAGCAUACAGGACAGCUACAAAAGGACAGAGAUUUGGUUCCUGGAGGACUUGAAUCUAGUCGAUGGUCGGGAUCCUGAUGUGGAUGACCCUUGUUUCCUGCUGCACUUCAGUAAGGUGCGGACAGUGACGGCCAUCAGCUGCUCGGCCAAAUAUGCAAUCGUCCGGGCACUGGUUGCUCUGAGUGACCAAUAUUGUCAGAGGACACUGAACCUUCGGAACUUUGACUGGGUCUAUAUCAAACCCACUUCCUUUUACUCAAACAGAGGAGACUGUGUGGUGCUUUCACAGAUAUGCUUCUAUGCAUUUAAUUUGGUUUGCCUGUCUAUGUGUCCCGUGCCACUGGAUGCGUAGGUGGAUUAAUUCAUAUAAAGAAAUCCAUAUUUAAUGUAGUAAUACUGUGGAUUAUUUUACAUCACUGUAUAAGCCCAUUUUUGACUGUUGUGGUGUCAGUGUAUCAUUAUUAGUAAAAUUGUGUGGUGUGUGGCCAUCAUAUAAAAUGUAUUUUUGCUGUUGUAAUGAUCCUUUUAGUAAUGAAAGGCCUAUUUAAAACCCUGUGUAUAACUGGGCCAACUGUCACGUGCAUAUUUUGUGAGUCUACUGUUAUAAUUUAU